CAAACUAACCACAUGCCCCUGAACGCCUCUCGGUCUUCACUGAACCACGCUCGUUUGGUUUCCUGUCUGCUGCCGGUUCUCUCACACGGUCCCGCUGCUGGAAAGGUCCAGCUGGUCCUGAGGGCUCCUGGACCAGGGUCUCAAGAUGAUCCGGAGACUUCCUCUGCUCAUUCAACGUGUCCCCUCCACCCGGCUCCUGAGAUCCAGCAGUGCGGGUCAGCCCUCAUGUGUCGCCUGCCCGUGCAGCAGAAGUCCGGGCAGCAGGCAGCUCCAGCCGAGGUGUGGGAUCAGGAGCCUCACCACCACCAUCAUCAGGGAGCCGUCCUUUGUCGCCAGCAGCUCUGUAGGACUCCACAGAGAUUCAGAGAUCCCCCGGCUCCGUCUGACCCAGCUGCACCGACCCACCGAUGCAGAGGAGCGGGCUUUCCGGCAGCGUCUGGACAGCUGCACCUCCUCCAGGCAGGUCCUCAAGCUGCUGCGCCCGGUGGAGAUCUUGUCUGACACCAUGGCUGCUGCAGCGCUUCAUCGGGUGGCCGACUUGGAGCAGGAGGGAAAGUCACUGAAGGACCCCACCGUGCUGGAGAAGGACAUCAUCAAGGCCCUGUGCCUUCAGCUGGAGCAGGACAGCGGGCGGCUGACGGAUGCUGGGCUAGUAUCAGCUCUCCUGGCCUGCACUCGCCUCUUCCUGGAUCCCUGGAGCACUCUGAUGGUGGGGCUGGUGUCUGAGAGCCAGGAGAGGCUCGACAGGGGGAAUAUGAGUAUAGAUCAGCUGUGUACCUUAGGCCAGGCAAUGCACGCCAUCGAGGGUCCUGGUUGUGUGAUGUUGGAGCAGGUGAUGGAGGACAUCCAAAAGCAGGAGCCUGCCCAGUGGAGGAUAUCAGACCUCAUUGCAGUUUACAGGCUUCUGCAGGGUGGUGUCGGUGAAGAUGGCAAAUACAGAGACCUGUUGAAUGCCAUGCACACGCAUGCUCUGAGUGUCACCUCCCGCAUGGACCCUUCUGCUGUCAGCAGGCUGCUCAGUGCUCUUGUGACCUUGAACCAGACUCAGGUCAUGCCUCUAGUUAUCAAUCUGUGUAAGCAGGCUGUGAGGCAUGUACCUCACUUCACUGAUGAGGAGCUCACUCUUGUGGUCGGGGCGCUAAUGUACUUUGGUCACAGCGAUCAUUAUUUCGUUGUGGCGCUGGAGAGGUAUGUCCCUACCAUGGCAUUUGCCUCCCCCCCAGAGACAGUUACCAAGGUGAUGCAGUUCUUUAGCCAGAGGAACAUCCUCUCCCCGACUGUGUUUGACGCCAUCGCAGAGAGCUUUGUGUACCGAGCAGACGAAUACAGCACCAGCCAGGUGGCCAGGCAGAUCAUGGCUUUUGGGAAGCUAGGAUACCUCCCGCCAAACGCAGGCGAGGUGUUCAGGAAGGUUGAAACCAUCCUGCACACGCGCUUUUCACACUUCCAACCUCGAACACUGCUCAACCUGCUCCACGCCUGCGUCCUGGUGGAGAGGUUCCCAGUUAAUUUUGUCUCGAAAGUCUUCAGCAGUUACUUCCUGCAGCAGCUACAAGAUCAAGGCACAGGGAUCGAUCGGAUUGUCCUGGCACAGCUGACUCAGCUCUACUUGACUGUGAAACUGGAGUGUCCUUUCUAUCAGGGUCCCACGCUUCUUCCAAAGUUCCGUGUCAAGUCUUUCCUCAUGUCUGAUCGAUCCCUGGAGACGCUCGUGGAUGGACAUCUGUAUAACUCGGUGAAAACUGGCCUGAUCGAGUUGCUCGGGGCUCGUUCAUACUUUGGAUCCAAAGUUCUUACGCCGUACUGCUACACACUCGAUGUGGAGAUUAAACUUGACGAGGAGGGAUUUGUGCUGACUGCCAGUCAAACUGACGAUGUAUACAAAAGGAUAGCUCUUUGUAUUGAUGGACCAAAGAGGUUCAGUACAAACACGAGGCACCUGCUGGGUAAAGAGGCCAUCAAGCAGCGACACCUGAGGCUUCUGGGAUAUGAAGUUGUUCAGAUUCCUUACUAUGAAUUUGAUCAACUACAAAGCAUGACCAGCGUGGUUGAGUACCUGCACCAGAAGAUCUUCCCUCACACUUACAGGCUGAGCUGGUGAUGACAUAAAUGACUUUGCUGCAGAUGUGACAUCACAAAUUGUUGCUUUUUUUGGAGCUUUUUCUUAUUAAAAUAAAUCAAUAUUUGUUUUGCUGAUACGUAGUUGCCAAAUGAAGGUGUUUAAGUUAUUGAUUCUGCAUAUUGACAUAUUUAUCUUUUUUAAUAA